UUGUCGGUCGCCCAGGCUUUUAUUCCUUUCCCCUAAUUUCCAUGAAUUUUGAUUUUUCCAUCUUUCUUCCGCCGCCUUCAUUACACAUUCCAUUCAUUCUCCAUAACCAUCGGGGUCUCUCUCUGCUUUCACAUUCCUCAAAGCUGAAACGGCGCCAUCAGACGCCGUUUCAGUUGUUAACUCAUCAUCUGCCUCUCCCUUUGUCUUUCAAAACCGCGUUUCCAGAUAUUCGUGAGGAGCUUCUUGUUAAUUACAAGCAAAUUUGCAGUUUUAACGGGGAGAUCUAUGUUAUAGCUCUAACAAAAUUGAUCCGGAAAGUGUUAAUUGUUAUGCGUUACUUAAAAUGAUGUCAUAGAUAAUCCAAACAGAUUGUAAACUACAGGUAGGAGGAAGCCGAGUAGUUUUUGAUGAGAUUUGGACUACUUGAAGUUUUUAAAGGAUGAAAGGAAGCUUCUUUAAAUUCAGGGGUAAAGAACUUUCUCUUGUUCUUAUUGUUCUUGUGUCCACAACCAUUUUUCUAUGGGCAUGGGACAGAACCCCGCUUCUAAGUGCCUUUCUCCCACCCAAAAAUCAGUUGCUGCAGCUAUAUGCAGACAAUCCCUUAAGUGUGGCAGAAGGAUUACCAAAACAUGAGCAACGUCCGAAACCAGAAAAAAGCAGCAAUGCCAAUAAUUCCACUAUCCUGAAAGAAGUAAUAGGAGAUGACAAAAUAACUUUAGGGGAAAAAGAUUUGAAACAAAGAGAACAAAGUCUGGAUGUAAUAACUCCUGUAAACUCUAUAAAUACAAGCAAGGCAAAAGCCUGUAAUUAUGCAAAGGGAAAAUGGGUUGUAGAUAAUACUCGACCUUUAUAUUCUGGGUUCAGUUGUAAGCGAUGGCUAUCAGAAAUGUGGGCCUGUCGAUUGAUGCAACGCACAGACUUUACUUAUGAGAAUAUACGUUGGCAGCCGAAGGAUUGUCCAAUGGAAGAAUUUGAAGCAGCCAAGUUCUUAAGGAGGAUGCAAGAUAAAACUAUAGCUUUUAUUGGAGAUUCAUUGGGUCGACAACAGUUCCAGUCUCUGAUGUGCAUGGUCUCAGUUGGCGAGAACAGCUCUGACGUUCAAGAUGUAGGAAAGAAAUAUGGGCUUGUCAAAGCUCGUGGGGCUAUUCGCCCUGAUGGGUGGGCUUAUCGUUUUCCUAGCACAAACACUACAAUCCUAUAUUACUGGUCGGCUUGUUUGUGUGACCUUGAACCUCUUAACUUUACUAACCCUACCGAGUACGCCAUGCAUCUUGAUCGGCCACCAAGAUUCUUGCAUGAUUAUCUUCACAAAUUUGACGUACUAGUGCUCAACACAGGGCACCAUUGGAAUCGAGGUAAGAUCCGGGGUAACCGGUGGGUAAUGCACGUGGGGGGUGUGCCAAACACAGAUAGGAAGAUGGCAGAGAUUGCAAGUGCUAAGAACUUCACAAUCCACAGUAUUGUUAGUUGGGUGAACUCGCAGCUGCCUCAACAUCCUCACCUAAAAGCCUUUUAUCGGAGCAUCUCACCCAGGCAUUUUGUUAAUGGGGACUGGAACACGGGAGGAAGCUGCAACAAUACCACCCCGAUGUCUAUAGGUAAAGAGGUACUACAAGAUGAGUCCAGUGAUUAUAGCGCUGGCAGUGCAGUGAAGGGGACCGGAGUUAAGCUCUUGGACAUAACAGCUUUAUCCCAAUUGAGAGACGAGGGUCACAUAUCCAGGUACACUAUUAGAGCCUCAACAGGAGUGCAGGAUUGCUUGCACUGGUGUCUACCUGGUGUUCCUGAUACAUGGAAUGAAAUCCUAUUUGCGCAAAUUUAGUCCUAUGUUCUGGGCACUUGGAAUUUUCGUCGUGCGCAUUAAAAUGGUAAAUAAAAUAGAGUUCUAGAUUUUUAGUAAUCAUUUUUACUGCUUAUCUGUGAGGUUUGUAACAAUUUAUUCUCAAAUGAUACUUAGCAAAUUACUAAGUGAAUUUGAAUUGGGGAAUAUAGAUAUUAGUAUUUUACGAUA